AUGACCGCGAAUUAUCUUUCGGUCAGAGGUACCGCCUUUAUGAAAGAGAACACUUGGGCAGGCCAACUCUUGCGCAGCUCAGGACAAGGCAGGAUGCCAUCGCGAAAGCCAAGCCAGAGCCGACUAGAGCCGGAUGCCGGCGAUCAGGUCAGGAUCAGAGCAGGAUGGGAGCUGGCUAGCGCAGCCUGCCCAAUGCUGACUCCACGACUGAGUUCGCUCCCGCCGCCUGCUUUGACAUCCUCUGAAACGGCUCAGGCCUGA